AGGAAUGCCGUUUCCCAACCAAAUUCACUUUUUAGUCGACGCGAGUAUAAAAAUGCAUGCAAUUAUCGAUUGUGAUGCGACACCAAUGGAGAAUGCGUACAUUUUUCUGCGUGAAAUUUGCAAAAAAGGAGAUCAUCAGCCGACCUAUAUCGAUAGAGUUCAUAUUCACAUUGGUGAUAAUUACAUUGAACUGGAAGAAGGAAAAGCACUGAAGAUGUUUGAGGAUUCGAAAAGUAUGAUUUUUGAGCCAUCAGAUCAGAAUGAUUUUCUUUCGCUUUGGAAAACUGCGUUGGACGCCGAUGAGGAUGAAAAUGCGUUAUUUUUCAUUGUAUCCACUAUUGUUAAUGAAAAAAUUCUCAAAAUGUUCCACAAAUACCACAAAAAGAUGACGUUUCUCGAUUUUUCUGGAAUCAAACUAAAUAUUUCUGAACGACUCAAAAGCGAUGUUCAUCUGGUUGAACACGGAACUUCAAAAAAACUAGCUGCGACAAUUCACAAGAAGAUUACCGAGAACUACGUCACAACGGUCAAUUUCGGGACUUCUUUUGGAGUAGAACUUGCACCUUGUACUGUGAGAAAAAAUGUGCCCUACGAACUUACCAAAAUUGACAUUGUUGGCACAUCAACAUAUCAGCCACUGGAAACGAUUUCAGUUUUGACGAGAAGUUUCCUUCUUCCAAUUGACAAGUGCUAUGACAAAAAAGGUUCGAAAGUGAAUAAUGCAGUCGCAUAUUGUGUUUUGAAAGAGAUCAUUGGUGAUAAGCCUGUAGCACUCCUGGAAAAAGAAGAUGAAAACGAUCGGAGUUCUGAUACAAGCCUUGAAAAAUCCAAUGAAGAUAUCAAAAAGGAAAUUGACGACAUGAAGUCUGAAACAACUGCGCCAGUUGUUCCAGUGAAACCUCGAGCACCGAAAAAAAAAUUUCCAAACCUUGUUCCCAACAAUGAAAACGGCUACGAAGGAGACGGAGAGUCUGGUCCAAUUACAGCCGAAAAUGUCAAAAAUGAAAAAACAAAUUUGACUAAAGGAGGGAGAAAGCGAAGAUUGCAAACCCUCGAACCUUCAAAUGCAAAGAAAGGAAAAGACGCCAAAAAUGGCGAUCUACUUUCUGAAGUGAAAAACGACAAAGAAGCCGAAACCAAAGAGAAUGAAGACGGAAAAGCCUCAGCAGAUGGGACACCAGAUCCAUUGUUCCUAGUUGCAUGUGCAACGGAGCGCUACACUGGGUUACGCAGACCAGUUAUUCUUCGACUCCGCGAAUUUGACAAAGAUGACAAGACUUAUUAUGAUGAAGAAACGCUUAAAGCAAAACUUGAAGAACAUGCUGUUAAAAAACUGGAAGAAGAGAAGGACAAACUUCAAUCCGCUGCCGCACCUGAAGAUGACUCUCCAGCAAGUCCUCCGAUGGAUUGUCCAGCGUCUCCAGAUAUGGUUCCCGUUAUCCCGCAAACUGUGAAAAUCAUUCCGACAGUUCCAACAAUUCCACUCGAAACACAAGACGUCGAUAUGCGUGAACCAUCAGCUCCCAAGGAUGUUGAUUACAGAUCACAAGAUGUUGAUUUGCGUGUAGCAGUUCCUGUUGGUGAUGUCGAUCUUCGUGCUCAAGACAAGGUACAAGAUUCUUUACCUGUGGAGGUAAAGAAAGAAAGCUGUAUUGUCGACGAUGCGGUUGUGCCGGAAGAACCACCAAUGGAAGAUUUGACAACGAAUCAAGAUCAGCCGGUUAAGUUAAUUCCUUUGGAAGGUCAGACAGAGCUGAAAGCAGCAGAAAUCAAGCAAGAAAUGAGUGAAGAAACAGCCGCAGAUGAUAAUCAGUCACAGGAGAAUGUUUUUGAUUAUGGGAAAUAUAUUCAGAUCAUUGUGCUCGAUAUGACUUGGGAAAAGUUUGAAAAGCAGAUAGCUAUAGUCAACGACGAUGAUAUCUUUGAAGAGCUGACGGAGCGUGAAAAGACAGUUGUCGGCCCAGAGCCAAAUCAUGAUUACACCAAACUGACCGGAUGGUACUCACCAGAAGCCAUGCAAUUCUAUGUGAACAAAAUGGUCCGGGCUCUGCGAAAACUUCAGGACCGAUCUGCUUUAUUUGAGAAGGAAUACCAGAACAUGACUCGGAUGGUGAUUUAUGGUCAGAGCCCUGAAAUGGCUCGACAGUUUGCAAUAUUAAUUCGUGAGGAGUCAUAUGGGCUUGAGAGACAGGCUGUUCCAGUAGCCGACGGUGCUGCUCAGUACUUUGAGCAACUCAGCGAGCAAAUGCUUUAUCAGCCAAGACCAAGAAAGGCGGUUUCAUCAAGACGUCAUCAUUACACUCAGCCGCACCCACACCAUCAGCAGAUGCCACAUCAUCAGCCACAUCUGCACCAUGCCCAUCAUCCUGUACAUCCACAUCGUGGACCACGCGCCUCGCAUUCGCAGCAUCUUCAGCAUGGACAGUACGCUCACCAUACUCAACGCCCACGCCACUAGCGGACUAAAAAUUAUUACUGUAGCUUGUGAAGCUUAUAUUAUUAUUUGUUAUCAAUUCAUAUUUUUAUUUUCUGAUAUCCGGGUAGUUACUCCGAAGAUUCUCAUUAUUGCUGUUAUGUUCCUGUGAAUGAAGAUUUCCUGUC